AAGAAGUACGAGCUAUAUUGAUCUCCCUCUCUCUCUAUCUCUAUCUCUCUCUCUCUUUCUCUCUCUAGUUUCAGCUUUUUGAAGCUGUUUGAUUCUGAGUUUCAGGCCAUGGAAUCAGCUGGAAAUAUAGCUGAGUUCUUGAGGGAGAAGAGUGUUUUGGUUACUGGUUCAACUGGCUUUUUGGCUAAGAUUUUUGUGGAGAAGGUGCUGAGGGUGCAGCCCUCUGUGAAGAAGCUGUUUCUGCUUGUGAGAGCUUCUGAUGGAUGUUCAGUUGAAGAGAGGUUUCAAAAUGAGGUGAUUGGAAAGGAAUUGUUUGAUGUUCUGAGAGAGAAACAUGGGAAGGACUUUGAUUCAUUUAUAUCAGACAAAGUCUCAGCUGUUGCUGGAGAUAUAUCUUAUGAAAACUUAGGAAUCAAAGAUUAUGGGGUCAGGGAACAGCUGUGGAAGGAGGUUGACAUUGUUGUUAAUGUGGCUGCAACCACCAACUUUUAUGAGAGAUAUGAUGUGGCUUUGGGCAUCAAUGUAAUGGGGGCUAAGAAUGUGUUGGAGUUUGCAAAACAGUGCAGGAAAAUUAAGAUGCUUCUGCAUGUUUCAACUGGUGAGUUAUACAACAACAACAAAGCCUUAAAUAGCCCUCGAACCACGAGCGACGGGAAGCCCAUGAAGAUGACGGCGAUGCACGUCAUGAAGACCAUGACAGAUUUCAAACGAUACAUGUUCCUUCGAUAUCGGUUGCCAUUAGAGGGAUUUCGCUUGCUGAAUAUAGCAUGUUUUUGUCUGUUCAAUAAGUAUGUUAACAAGCUGUGGAGAAAGUACAGAUUUGUAAUGCUACUUGCUGAGCUUUAUGCUCCCUAUGCCUUCUUCAAAGGAUGUUUUGAUGAUGCAAACUUGGAGAAGUUAAGGGUGAAAACUAGGGACAGCAUGGAGGCCACUUUGUUUGAUUUUGAUCCCAAGCACAUUGAAUGGGAGGAUUACUUCUGCAACAUUCACAUCCCAGGUGUUCUUAAGAAUGUGUCCAAUUAAGCACUAUUUCAAGGAUUAUUUUGUAAAUGUCAUUUGUUGUAAGACUAUUUGAUCAACUAAGACAUGAAUAGCAUUGCUUAUAGCUAGCAAGAAAUUUUAUUUUAUUUUUUUUUCAUUUCAAAAGUAAGGUAUUCAUGUAAAAUGCAUUCAGAUUAUCAGUUCAUUAAUGUAUUACUCAUUUAUUUCACUU